AUGGCCACAAAUGCCGCUUCUUCAUCGAUCAAUCGAUACGAUCUCACCGCCCUACCACCGCGAUGGUUAGAUUGCCCAAGAAAAUCAAGUGUUAUUGCCGAUAAGUUUGUGGCAUGCAAAACACCACUUGAUGAUCGGUAUAAAGAGAAAGUCAGUCUCGGUCAACGUUGGACAUGCGCGCUAAUGAUCAGUACUUGCAAGACUGAACAAAAAACUCUCGGUCUUGUUAUUGAUUUGACGAAUACAGAAAGAUUUUAUAGGAGUCAAGUAGAAUUCGAAAAGAAAAACAUUCAAUAUGAAAAGAUUCGGUGUCGCGGACACGGUGAAACGCCGAGUGAUGAACAAAUCGAUCGUUUUAUAAAUGUCUGCAAUAGAUUCUUUGAGCAGAAUCCUACCAAAAUCAUUGGUGUUCAUUGUACACAUGGUUUUAAUCGAACAGGAUUUCUUAUCUGUAUAUAUCUGUGCCGUGAACACGACAUGAGUAUCGAUGCGGCAAUUGAUAUAUUUGCUAAAGCACGCGAACCAGGAAUUUACAAACAAGAUUAUUUAAAUGAAUUGCUGCGAAGAUACGGUGAUGAAAGUGCCACGACUAUACCUGCACCUCCCCGACCAGCAUGGUGUCUCACCAAUAGUGAAGAUGAAGAUGAACCAAACGAACGACCAGUGGCCAGCGGUGGAGUUAAACGACCACACAGUAGUACGGGUGAAAUGUCUAAUAAACGAUUUCAAGGAGAUACUCCAAAGAAAAUUCCACAAUUUGCUGUUAGCCUUCCGGGAGUGACGGUUGUAUCCCUUCAAUCGGCCAUGACUCCUAUUCAACUAAAGUGUCAGCGAAUGUGCGAGUGGAAUCGACGAGGUUUUCCCGGAUCACAGCCGGUAUCGAUGGAUAUUACCAAUUAUAUGACUAUUGUACAAUCUCCAUAUAUGGUCAGCUGGAAAGCUGAUGGAACACGCUAUAUGAUGUUGAUUGAAGACGAACACAAAAUUUAUAUGUUCGAUCGCGACAACACCGUGUUCGAAAUCAGCCAUAUACGUUUUCCAUUCGAUGCUGAUUGCACACGCCAUCUAAGGGAUACACUUGUCGAUGGGGAAUUGGUGAUCGACGAUGUCAAUGGCACGAAAUAUCCGAGAUUUCUAAUCUAUGAUAUAGUUGUUUAUGAAAAUGACAAUGUUGGCAAGAAACCAUUUCGCGAACGACUUGAUAUCAUACGCCGUAUAAUUGAUGUACGGAACAAAGCAAUCACGAAAGGUCUGAUUGAUCGGAGUCAAGAUCCAUUUUCCAUACGAAACAAGGAUUUUUGGGAUUUAUCCAAUGUGCAAAAGUUAGUUGGACCAAAAUUCCGAGCACAAAUUGCUCAUGAAGUUGAUGGUCUGAUCUUUCAACCUGAAGCAGAUCCUUACACACCAGGACGUUCACCGCGCGUACUGAAAUGGAAGGAAGACAAUACGAUUGAUUUUCGUCUAAAAAUUGUUCAAGAACAACGGAUGGGACAAUUAGCCGAAAAAAAAGCCUCGUUGUAUGUCAAUGGUCUGGCAACGCCGUUCACAUAUAUGCGCUUCACACCGAGUCUCCGUCAGUAUGACAAUAAAAUAAUAGAAUGUUCUUUCUAUAAAGGCGAAUGGCACUUUCAUCGUGAACGGACAGACAAAUCUUUUCCCAAUGCAAAAGAAACGGCUUUUGGAGCAAUCGAAGCGCUGAACAAUCCGAUAACAAAAGAAAUUCUCUGUAAAUUAAUCGAAGACCAUUGGAAACCCAAUGGGCAUCAUCAGGCAUCACAUUAG